GCUAACGGUACUCUCAUAUGUAUUAGCUUGGAAUACUGCGCUCCUUAAGGAUCUACAACUCAUCAUGAUUUUUACGCAAUGGAUUAACAUAUCUGGAUUUUAUCACCUAUAAAUUCCGCAAAGUAUCCUGUCUGGCUUUAGAUUAUCUGAUUAUCAUCUAUUUCAAUAGGACUUUUUUCCUUCUAUUGGACACAUUUUUGCGUACACUGUACACCAUGGCAAAUACUUGCUUACAGUUCACGGGUUUUGUGAUGGGUUUUCUUGGUUGGAUUGGGCUCAUCAUCGCCACUGCCACUAAUGAAUGGGUAGUCACUUGUAAAUAUAACAUACACACCUGUAAGAAGAUGGAUGAACUGGAGGCCAAAGGUUUGUGGGCAGACUGCGUGAUCUCAACUGCUCUGUAUCACUGCAUCACACUCACGCAGAUUCUCGAGUUACCAGCGUACAUCCAGACGUCUCGAGCGCUGAUGGUCACAGCAUCGAUUCUCGGAUUGCCAGCUGUAGCGCUCGUGCUCAUGUCCAUGUCCUGUAUUAACCUCGGAAGUGAACCAGAAAGCGCCAAGAACAAACGAUCAGUGUUCGGUGGAAUCCUAAUCCUGCUGACAUCUUUUUGUGGCAUCAUCUCCACCGUGUGGUUUCCCAUCGGAGCCCAUUACGAGAGAAGUCUGAUGUCCUUUGGCUUCUCCCUGUAUUCGGGCUGGGUUGGUACUGCACUUUGUUUUUUGGGAGGCUGUAUGAUCACCUGCUGUUCAGUGGACACUCCUGCCGCAUACACUGACAGCAACCGAUUCUACUACUCCAAACAGGGCCCCGCCCAUCCUGGCCCCGCCUCCACUAACCACGCCAAAAGUGCUCAUGUGUGAGCUUCGGGAUUAUUGCUCAGAUUAUUCUCUUUCCUCUCUUUCUCCACUGUUUCUUGUUUCAACCACGUCUCUAUCUACAGUGGUGACUCUUUGGAUAGUUAUGGUACAGCUGAACUCUAACCCUUUGACUCAGCAGCAGGGACAGUCGCUGGUGAAGUAACUGCACUGAAGUAUUUAUUGUUCAAAGGGUCUUCAGUACAAUGUGCCAUUUUAAGUCCUAUUUUUGUAGUGGGAAAUGUGUUUUUGCAUUGUUAUAUGAAUACUAACAGUAUUACCAAUGUAAAUCUUUCAGUUUAUUUCAGUCUGUUUGUACAGCGGUCUUUUCUUUUUGAUUAAUUUCAGAACAUUUCCGAAUAGCCGUCCAAACCAAACUGCACCAAAAUUGUUCCAAAGCAGUAACUAUUUAGCAAUAUUAUUUAUUGUAAUACUUGUAUGCAGUUUUUAUUAUGUUUUUUUGUAAUAAACAAUAUGGUCCAUGUGAAAA